GUGUUUUGUGUUUGAGAAACAUGGAGGUACAACUAGGUACAACAGGAGAAAGACAAAAUACCCAAUUUAAAAUAAUACAGUUUAUAUAAAUAAUUAAGAGCGAUAAUAACAUGAAGAAGAAUAUUCUUCUAGUGUGUCCGAUUCUCCCAUCUGCUGGGGUUCCAUGGGAUUUCUUUUUGAUUUACAGAUAAACAAGUACGUUUGUAGUUGUAAACAAAGUCAUCUUAACUGCCUACCUGGAUUUGUUUUCGCGGAAAGAGAGAUUUUGGUUUGGGAAAAUAAAUCGCCAGUUGUUUUUUUUUCCACGGGACAGAGCGAAAAAUGGGGGGUCUGAGCAGCAGGCUGGGGGCGUCAGCGGUUGGGAGGCCAGGGGGUGCCGUGGAGUCGAGGCACAGCUGCGAGUGCAGGAAGAGGAAGCGGAACAUGGGGUGCCAGUGUGACAGCGAUGGGGAAGAGGACCCGGACCGCCUGCUUAACACGCCACUCAGGAAGAAGCUCAAAACUACAUCGAAGUACAUUUACCAGACCCUGUUCCUGAAUGGAGAGAACAGUGACAUCCGUAUCUGUGCUCUGGGCCAGGAGUGGAAUCUCCAUAAGGUCUACCUCUGCCAGUCGGGCUAUUUCUCCAGUAUGUUCAGUGGCUCCUGGAAGGAGUCCAGCAUGACCGUCAUCGAGCUGGAGAUCCCAGACCAGAACAUUGAUACUGAGGCUCUGCAGGUGGCGUUUGGGUCUUUGUACCGAGAUGAUGUUCUAAUCAAGCCCAGCCGAGUGGUCAGCAUCCUGGCAGCAGCCUGCAUGCUUCAGCUGGACGGGCUGAUCCAGCAGUGUGGGGAGACGAUGAAGGAGACCAUCACUGUGAAGACUGUAUGUGGAUAUUACACAUCUGCUGGGACCUACGGCCUUGACUCGGUUAAGAAAGAGUGUUUGGAGUGGCUCCUCAACAACCUGAUGACACACCAGAGUGUGGAGCUGAUGAAGGAGCUCAGCACAGGGAUGAUGGAGCAGCUGGUUAAGUCACCUGAUCUUUUUGUCAUGCAGGUGGAGAUGGAUGUUUACACUGCUCUGAAGAAAUGGACAUUCCUGCAGCUGCACCCCUCCUGGAACGGGCCUGUUAAACAGCUGCUAGCUGACGCAGAUGUCUGGAUUGCUAUGGAGAAGAAAGAGCUGGCGGAAGGGAUGUCGUUCCUGGACACUCCGGAGGGCAUCCCCUUCUUGCCCGUCUUCCGACACGUCCGCCUGCAGUACGUGAUCAACGACCUGGCAUCGGCGCGCAUUGUGGAGCGGGACGCCAUCCUGCCUUCCGAGUGGCUGUCUGCGGUCUAUAAGCACCAGUGGUUUGCCAUGCUGAGGACAGAACAUGACAGUGACACCGGCCCCCAGGAAGCCAAUAAGGAGGAGUUUGAAUUGAACAGUAUGCGAUGUGGAAGAAAGCUGGCCAAGGACGGAGAUUACUGCUGGAGGUGGACUGGGUUCAACUUCGGCUUUGACCUGCUGGUCACCUACACCAACCGCUUCAUCGUCUUCAAGAGGAACACGCUGAGCCAGCCGUGUGGCGGCUCGGUCAGCCUGCAGCCUCGCCGCCACAUCGCGUACAGGCUGCGGCUGGCGUCUUUUGAUGGUAGCGGGAAGCUGGUGUUCAGCCGUUCCACUGGGUAUCAGCUGCUGGCUUUGGAGAAGGACCAGGAGUACGUGGUCAUGAAUCUGGACAGUCGUCUCCUGGUGUUCCCCUUGUUUAUCUGCUGCAACUUCCUGUACACCUCCCCUCCCAACCGGAGGGUGGACAGUCCCGAGCCAGAGAGCAGCAGCCGCAGCCUGUCCUGAGCCUUGUCCGUCCACCUGCAGGGGAGUCUCGCUCCGCCACCCCGAGGGGCCGGAGUCCUCUCUCUGCCCGCUGCCCAGUGCCGACCGCCGCAUUGGAACACCUUAGAAAACGUACUUUCUUUUCAGAAAGUAUCAGUGGAAAUAAAGGCCAGCAGGACUGUGCACUGGCCACACCGGGGUCCACGAGUCUCAAGGGACUAAAGAUUUUUUCCAUUUAGUUUUUUUGAAUACGAAACAUUUGUAUUUUUUUACGUAACAUUUGUGUAGUUGUCAUCAUCAUAACAGUAAUUUGUCUGGAUAUACCUCAAGCUCAGUUCUCCGGAGUGCUGGCAGCGGAGUUAGUGCAGAUAAACCUGUAAUGUCUUGAACUGAGAGUUAAUGUCCUGGCUUUCACAGAGCACUGCAGGAGUGCUGUAGCUGAAACAGCAUUAUGGGGCCACUCGGCCACCCAAGGGCCAAACGACCUGUAAGAGAGUGAUGCUUUUUAACAUUCGAUCCUCCAAUCCUGUUUAACUUUCUUAACCAUCCUGUUAACUGUUAUGUCGGUGCUUUACAACUCAAAUCUUUGGGGGGCGGGGGCUUUUUACACCCCAUUUUUUUUAUAAAACUUCUCAGAUAUUUUUGAGAAGAUUUUUUAAACUGGUGAUUUACAAUGAUUUUCUUUUUUGAGGAUGCAAGAUUGGUGAUGCACGCGCAUUUUUACAGGCAGUGACAUUUCAAGACUUCGGCUACGAUCUUUCCUUUCACUGACUUAACUGCCUGAAACCCCUGAGCAGAAGGGUUUAAUUUCAGGACAAGAGGGCCUCAGAGUCUUUCAGGUUUUCUUCACUGAGCAUUUUAAUACCCGAUGCAGCUCACUAGACCAAUUUAUCCCCUUUUCUCCAGACUGAAGCAGGCGGUGAUUAUAUCAGGAAACCUCUAGGAGGUACUGGACUGUGACAAUAAGUGAACAGAUAUAAAGAUCACUGCCCUGGGUCCUGCACACCCAAUUUUGUUGUUUUUUUUAUGACUGAUACAAAAAUGAUAUGCUGAAAUAUUUUCCUAUUCAGCAGCUCAGGAUUUUUGAAACAAAUGUGAAAUAUCAUUAAGUCUUUGUGCAUGUGCCCUCAAAGGCUGAUAGGUUGGGAAAAAUUAAUUCCACACCAAAGCAACAAUAACCAAGGGACUUUUUUUUUUUUACAAUAACUAAAAUGUAGCCCUGUUAAUGGUGCUUGCGUUAUAUUUUUAUAUUUUUGAAAAAGCUUUGGUCGGGGCUAGGUUAAGGAAAGGAGGUGGUAGGGAAACUUGAAUUUCUGUUAAACUGGGGCAUGAAAAAAUAUCCACUUGUUUAUGUAUAUCUAAAAUAAAUUUUCAUGCUUCCCA